AUGACUACCUCAGAUAAAUUUGUUCAACCAGCCAUUCCAAGGUUUGAUGGGCAUUAUGAUUUCUGGUCCAUGACUAUGAAAAAUUUUCUACGCAGCAAAGAACUAUGGCAGCUCGUGGAAGAUGGAAUUCCAACGCUUGGUGCAACGUCCACGGAGGUGCAGAGGAAGAGUGUAGCUAAUGCACAAUUAAAGGAUCUGAAAGUGAAGAACUUCUUGUUCCAAGCUAUUGAUCGAGAAAUUCUUGAAACGAUAUUGGACAAAAGCACGUCACAAGCAAUUUGGAGAUCCAUGCAACAGAAAUAUCAGGGAUCAACGAGGGUCAAACGUGAUCAACUUCAAGAUCUUCGACGUGAGUUUGCACUAUUGGCGAUAAAGGAUGGCGAGAAGGUUGAUAGCUACCUUGGGCGCACACUCAGCGUGGUAAACAAAAUGAAAUCUAAUGGUGAAGUAAUGGAUUCCAGCAUCGUGAGUUCUCAACCAGAGGAACAAGUUUUGAAAGUUAUGCACGAUGAUAAAGCGGGUCGUGGUCGUGGUUGUGGAAAUCGUGGACGUGGGCGAGGUCGUGGCAAACAGCCUUUCAAUAAGGCAUUAAUUGAAUGUUUUCAAUGCCAUAAGCUUGGCCAUUUUCAAUAUGAAUGCCCUGGAGUUGAAAAACAUGCUCAUUACACUGAAGCGGCAAUUGAAGACGAAAAUGAGAUUUUGUUGGUAGCAUAUGAAGAGGUGACACAUCCUGUUCAAAUGGAGGAUUAG